AUGACUUUAGGUUCGGGGGGAGCCGGCAGGGCCCGAAUCGCAUCACAGCCCAAAAGUGCCGAUUAACAAACCGCCCUACGGCCCAGCAAGCAAGAAUUGGCGGGAAAAUUCGGUCCCGUUUCUCCUCAGCGUCGAUCGCCGCUCCGGGCUCCUUUCCCAAACUAACGCAGCCCGCAGUGAUGGUCUUCCUGCAGCGUUCCGCACCUCCUAACCGUCGGAAGCGGCGCCCUGCUCCCGUCUCCGACGACGAUCUCCAACCCAGAUCUCAACCCCGUCACGUCGCCGCUGCGGCCGUCGCCACGGAAGGGAGCGACGGAGGAGACGAAGGCAGCGAACGGGACUUCACCGCAUUUAUCUCCGUCCUCGCCGACGCCGGGUGCACCCUACUGGCUACGCCAGGUGCCCCACCUUCACUCCCAGCUGAUCCUCACCGGUUCGGCCGCUGCCUCGAGGGACGCCUCUCCGUCGACCCCUCCCUCCGCUCCCGUUUCGUCGCCGGUUUCUCUGCGUACACACGCACUCCUCAAAAUCUGAAGAGGGUUCUAAUUCCGGCAUCGCAAGAUGGUGGCUUCCGGAAAGGGGAAAGCCUGGCUCGGAUUCUUCUCCUGGUCGCCCCUAUCCAGGCCCAGAUUCUGCUUCUGCUUCUUGAAAAGAUUCCUGAGCACUUUGAUGCCUAUGGAAAUGGUGGUUUACCUCUCAAGGACGAUGUAGCCAGGCUUAUUGUCAAACACUUUAUGUGGCUUGAUUUCCUGGUUGAUGCGGAGGGGUUUAUCGAGAAGCUCAUGGAAGUUGUCUCCAUAUCACCUCCUCAGUUAAAGAAGGAGAUAGUUGGCUCUCUCCCUGAGAUCAUUGGCGAGCAGUGCAAUGGAACAGUAGUGACUGCUCUUGACCGGUUGUUGCAGGAGGAUUCGGAGAUCAUUCUGCCUGUACUCGAUUCUUUCUCUAACUUGAACUUGGAUGAGCAGCUGCAAGAACAGGCCAUCACCACAGCCUUAUCUUGCAUUAGAACAGUUGAAGCAGACCAUAUGCCCCAUUUGCUUAGAUUUCUACUGCUCUCGUCUACACCAGCAAAUGUUCGUAGGAUAUUAUCUCAAAUCCGUGAGCAGUUAAAGUUUGCUGGGGUUAUCAACUCUCAUGCAUGCAGAAACAAUAAGCUUAAAGGCAAAUCACCAGUUGAUAGCACUGAUGCAUCAAUCCUUGAUGCUUUGCGAUUGAGUCUCCUUUUCAAAAAUAUACUCUCAGAGGCAAUUUUGAAAGAGAUGAACUCCCUAGACCAACCUCGCGAACAUAAAGUCAUUGAUGUAUGGCUCAUCGUUCUCAUUCACACAAAUGGAGGUUGCAUGAUGAAGAAUUCAGAAAGGAUGCUUAAGAAGAAGAUUUUGGAUGGUUGUUUUCAUAAAGUUCUUUUUGAGCAAUGCAUUAAUGGGCAGAGGGAACUUGUCAAGGAUUACUUCCCUUCAUUUCUCUCUAUCACUGCAUACUUACUCUCAUGCAAAGAACCGCAAGCUAAAAUGUUUGGCAUCCACUUGUAUACGUCGUUGUUCGAAGAGUUCAGUGAUACCUACUCAAGGCAAGAAAUCCUUGGUGCAUUGGUCACACAUAUAGGCUCAGGAGUUGGUCACGAAGUGUGUUCUGCUUUGGAAACUAUGAUCUUAGUCACAUCAAAGCAUGCUGAGCAGUUAGUUCCAAUUUCUUCGCAUAUAACUGGUAUCUUGGAUUAUUUAGAUGGAUUUCAUGAACAAAAUCUCCGCAAGGUUUAUGAAGUCUUCUGUCAAUUGGCAUUAGCUGCUUACUCAAGUGCAAAUUCAAUUGGUUCUUCAAUUUUAAAUGAACUUUUGAUUAUCAUCAGAAAACAGGUUGGAAAUCCAGAUAUUAAGUACAGAAAAAUGGGAAUAAUUGGUACAAUAAAGAUAGUUUCGACCCUUGGUGGUGUCAAUGCUACUGCAUCUUACAUGUCAACGCAGAAAUCAAAUGGUGAAGAAGCUCUGGAACUUCUGAAAUUAUCUGUUGAUUCAUGCAAAUUGAUGAGUCAGCCAUUGAUCCUUCUUUAUGAUGAACUGAUUGUUUUAUUGGAGAGCACUAAUUUGCAACCUGUGAUAAUUGAGUGGAUAAGCCAACAUGUUGGGGAAUUCGAGUCUCUUUUUCUCUCUGAUCUUGUGGAAGGCCAAUUGCCAGUUAAAUCCACAUCCAAUGGCAUAGAAGGAGAAUUAUGGAUGAAUCUCGAUGGUGUUGUAUCUCCUGUGUGCCUUAAUGUCUUGCCAUUACUUUUCUCAUCGAUGGAGCAGUGUUCAUCAUCUUUACAGUUUCUGCCUUCUCAGUUUCUGUUACUAUCCAUUGUUGAAAAGGUGACAAAUCACGGAUCUCUUAGUGGAAUAGAUGCUCUUCUGGGUUGUCCUAUUCAUCUCCCUUCUUUUAAGCAGUUCUUGGUUGGAGCAGAUGGGAAAAAACUCACAGAUAAGCAGAAAUGGAUCAUAUGUUCCUCCAUCUACUAUGCAAUAAAUUGGAUAAGGGAGCUGCUUAAUGCCUUCAGUACACAAAUCAUUGGUAGAGUGGGUUCAAUAUCCCAUUUUCCAAGUGAAGAGCUAGUGCCAAAAAUCAUGAAGCGCUUGAGAAACUUGGUUUUAUUGGAGGGAUUGUUGAAUGCUUAUCUCAAGUGUUACCCUUUAUCGCUACCUGAACUCCGUUAUUCUGCGGAACACUAUGGCUCAUCUUUCAGCAGGCGUGACAAUACAAAAUCAAAGGGAAAAAAGAGCACGCCUAGUAUUUUGCAUGACAAAAACCAAAAACAGAAAAAAGAUUCAAUGAUGGUAGAAAAACCAGAUGCUAAUGGAAAACUCCGACAGCCUACCAUCAUGGAUGUAUUGAGAAGAGCAGGGGCAAUUGAAAGUCAGGAAGUUUCAAGUGCAGGUUCUUCAGGUGCAACAUCCAACAGGCCUCAUUGUCAGGAAAAUGAGAUUGCUGGUUGUAAUGAACUUGGGCUAGUUGAUAUCUCAGAAAAGCCUAUUUGCUUGGAAUCACAAAGAUUCAAAUUCAGACCUCUUCUUGUUGAUUGCCUAUCCAUAUUGAGCUUUUCUGAGAAACAAGAUUCCUGCUGCUCUGAUUCCUUGGCUGAGCUACCGUUGCAUCUCUAUCUUAUCAGGGAUUUUAAUUCCAAAUUGGAGUAUUUGAGUCCCUCCAGCAAACUUACCACAACUUGCUCAGUGAAGACACUAGCUGGUUACACCAGAAUGGCAACUGGUGAGUUUUUGAAUAGGGUUAGAUCACUGUUUACCAGCCUAAAGAAACAUCUAGAUUCUGCUGUCUCAUUUCUUCAAUAUGGAUCAGAAUCAUGUGAAGACCACUGGAAAUCCAGUUCAUUAGCUGCUGGAAAUCCAGAUUUACCAUACAUAUCGGUUUCAAAAAUUUCAGUUGCUACUUCUGUAUUUAAAGAAGUUCUUUAUUGCUACAGCAAGUUGCUUAGCAUGCCAGACCUCUUCCUCAAGACAAACUUGUCAGUUCUGAGGGACAUGCUAGAAGCAUUUCAGCCGAUUGAGAAAUUGGAUCAGUUCUUGUUCACCAUCAAGCCAUUGCCAACCCCUGGAAGCAUAGAUUACUUAUACUGUGGCGCAUUUGCUUUUUAUGAGGGCAUCAUGGACAUUGCAUUUUCAUUCUCCUUUACCUUGGCAUCAGAAGCAUUAGUUACCCUUGAGUCGAUUGUGAACUCCUAUGUUAUGCUUACUGAGCCAUGUCGGGAAAGAAAUGGGAAGAGAAAUGACGAGGAAUCCUCUGAAUGCGCUGUUGGUUUUCUAAGAAGCAGGCUUGCUCUAUCUUCGCGGAAGCUUUUAUUGCAAGAUCCAUGCAAAGAGGACAGUGACAAAGGAAAUAAAAAUAGGGGUGAUAUGAUACAGAAGAUACUCCAAAUAUACCUCAAAUAUAGCGAGUCCACUUCUGAACUACUUGAUGAACUAGCAUGCAAAGUUUUACCUCAGGUCCCUUCACACAGAGCUACAAAUACACAGGAAGCCAUGAAUGGCUUCCCAACUUUAUCGCCUAUGAUGUUCCUAAUAUGGUACCGAGUAUUGCAUGAGGAGAACCUCUCAAUUCUAAGCAACACGGUGAAGGAAGUCACAGGGAGGUCUAGGAGAUACAUACAAGGGGAAGCAGCCAAACCACUCAUAAUAAAACUACGACAAACAGUGAAUGUCGUGGUUGCAUUAGUUAAUAUGUGCAAGGUCCAUGAUAAGGUAGUUGUCCAUGCCAUGGCAGUCAAGUAUGGAGGCAAAUAUAUGGAUAGAUUCCUGAAAGUUUUUGACUUCCUACAAGAUCAAUUCCAGGCGCACAAUGAUAUAAUACUUGAAUUAGUGAAAGAGCUACAAAAAGGAACCAGAACCAUCCAAACAAUAUGCUCUGAAGCAAAGGGAUUGAAAAGAACAAUGGUGACAAGCAAGGUUCCUGCUACCAAGAGGUCCAUGGAGCGCUUCUUGUUCCAUGUCAAGGCUCUUCUUCACAGCACACCCAGUAACUGCACUUUCUGGAUGGGAAAUCUGAAGCACAAGGACCUCUCCGGGCAAGUGGUGAGUUCCCAGGUCUACGACAAUGGAGAAGAUGGCAUGCCACAAGAGAUGGAGAAUAGCGAUGAAGAUAACAACAGCAUUGGCCCAGCACAAAGGGCAAUUGAGGUUGAAGAUCUUGGCGACCAACAAGAUGAUGACUGACACAUUGUGCUUUCUUCACUGGUCAGUACAAGUCUACCCAAAAUAUUGCAUUGUACUUGUUAAACCUCUAAAGAUUGGAUUUUGUUUCUAAUGAAUUUUGAAUCAAUGAAGUCCAUAGGAGCAAAUUGGAGUUGUAUUUGGAUUAGAUUAUGAACUCAUCAAAACAUUUGAAUUUAAUUAUAACAUCGAGAUCAA